GGACCAGUCAGUCAGUACUUGCAUGAGACAUGCAGAACGGCACAGCGCGAGACAUUCCCGAGACGGGAGCGGUGCGCGCUGGAGGAGGAGGAGCCCGACAGGAGACAAGGGCUGUACGGACCUGUGCUGCAAGGUGGUGGAGGUGGUGUCUAACUUAUACGGCUGACCGGACUCGCCCACCGUCCAUUCAUCCUGAUACUGGAAUAUACCUGCAGGCUCACCCAGUAUCCGCACCCUAAGGGUCAGAUAAAUAUAUCUCGCUCGAUGCAGAAUGCAUACGCAGGGAUUGCAGUGGACAGCUCAAGUGGGUUGUUACCUGGACACUCAGUAAGACAGACCAGACUAGCUAGACGAGACGAGACAUCCAGACUACACGCUCCAUCUGCCCCAAACCCACUGCUACAAAUACAUCCAACGCAACCCUUACUUCGUCCAUCUCCUACCUCAACACUUAGAUCGCUGAGCCCUGGCAGACAGACUUCGCGUCUCUCGACAAGGGAUAUCCCUGUGGUGGAGUCCUAUCCUGCCCUGUCUCCAGCUGAACCACGGCAGAACCACAACCAAGGAUCCUGCCUUGGUCCAGACGCCAUCAAUACUACACCCUUCAGCCCGGCGUUGGAUCCUGAAAUUCCCGAUCCCCUUUGUUACACCGUUGCCCCGUCGCACUGCGCGGGAAAAAAAAAAAAAAUCAGGUCGGAGUUACCCCACACAUUCCAGACAAGGAAAAUUCAAUUCAGGUAUGUAAGCAAGCCCAUCGGCUUGUUUGUUUUGAUUUACACUAGUAUGGCAAUGGCAACACAAGGCAUGCUUGACAUCCCAAACAAAAAAAAAAAUGGCCCGCAAUUACUGGCUUUUAUGGACACUGAGACACUAGGAAAUUGUGGGAGACCAUGAGUCAGGUCAGAGUCAAGGAGUGGUAGGCGUAGAGACACCCAGGAGAUAUGUGUUGAGUGAAUGUGGAUGAGAGAACUCAAAAGAUACGAAAGAAAACGUCCAAGCUUCGACUUGGUGGGAAAAGAUCGUAAGCAGAGAAAGCUGUAAGCAGAGAAAGCUGCGAGCAGAGACAAGAACUGAGGGCCACGCUGACACCUCACGCCGGUUCGUUGCCUCAUCAAUUGUGAUAGAUCAUCAUCACAGCACAUGUGCAUUGCAUCAUUAGAGAC